CCACAAUUUUCUGUUCUGAGUUCUAUAAUACGCAGGAUAUGUUGCAUAUUCGAAAUUCAAAUUAGUUUUUCGUAGCAAGUCGUCGCGCACUGUUGUCUCUGCUUCCGAUCUAGACCGUGAUCAUCUCUGUAGAUCCGUAUCGCGCCGAUCUACGUCCAAGUGUCUACGAUGAAUGCUCAAUCUGUGGUGCGUCGCCAUCCGCACAGUUUUUCGAUCGAGCAAAUUCUGGCCAAGCCCGAAUCGCAUUUGCCCCGAAACUAUGCUGAUGAAGCAGCUAGCUAUCAAGUGAUCCAUGAGGCUCAAUCUCAUGCAAGUGGGCGUGGCAGUUGUGAUGAUUCGCGUGUCUCGAGUCCCGCCACAUCGAGCUGCCUGGAGGAUGGCCCGGACGACAACAAAAGUGAUAUCGAACUAGCGUCGGACGAUGGCAGUGCGCACGAUGAUCGCAAGAAGCGUCCACGCACUGCCUUCUCCGCUGCACAGAUCAAGGCGCUGGAAACGGAAUUCGAGCGGGGCAAAUAUUUGUCCGUGGCGAAGCGAACGGCGCUGGCCAAGCAGCUGCAGCUGACCGAGACGCAGAUUAAAAUUUGGUUUCAGAAUCGACGCACCAAGUGGAAGAGAAAAUACACCUCGGAUGUGGAAACUCUUGCAUCCCACUACUAUUCACAGCUGGGCAUGGGCGGCAUGGCACGCCCCAUGGUGGUGGGCGAUCGCCUCUGGCUGUUUAGCCAAACACCUGCCGGGCCCACGCCCAUACAGUCCAUCAUGCUGAAUGGCAGUGGAGCAGCCCCGCCCAUGCGCUCCUACGGACCACCAGCCAGUGCACCCGGUCUGACGCCGCUGCACGCCUCCAGCGUCAUGGAGAGUGCCCGGAAUGCCAUCUUGUCGCGUGGCCAACCGCUGAACUUUGCGCUGCCCUUCGGGCUGGCCAAGCCACAGGCGACGAGCGGAGCAGCUGCCACAGCAGCUGGCUACGUGCCACGCUGCAAGCCCUAUCCAAGCAGCUUCGUUGACUAUCAGCCGCACGGCCACAGCGAGUCCUAUCUGCAGCUGAAGUAUGCCACGCUGCCGCCGGAAACGGAACCGAGCGCCAGCAAUGGCCUGGCCGAACUGGAGCGUGUCUUCGGCGAUGCCAAUGCCAAUUUGCUGCUGCACAAGGGCCUGCCAGCUGCCAACAGCAGCAACAGCAGCAAUAGCAAUGGCAACGGCAACAGCAACAGCAACAGCAUCUCCUGCGGCUUUGGACACGAGGCACUGGCGCAGGCGCAACGUAGUCGAUGUGGCACGCAGUCCGAGUCCGAGUGCAGCGACAUUGACUGCGAGCAGCUGGACGAAGAUGAGGAUGCUGUGGAGUAGCCCAAUCAAUUUAUAUAUAUAAAUAUAAUGAAACUAGUUAUUAGUUAUUAUUACAGUUUUAUGUUUUAUAUGCAUCACACGCAAAAAAUAUGCUCAUAUAAAUACCUAAAGUCAUAUUGAUGUUAUGUGUUGUUGUUGUUGUUGUUGUCAUGUGUUGUCUGUAGGUUGGGGUCGCUAUCACUAUAUGACCGUGGCACACAAGGGGCUGAUGGCAAUCGAGUCUGUGUUGAUUCACUGGAGUCUCUGCGUGAGUGAGUGUGUUUGUGUGCCAGUCAUCAGAAAUGCUUAAGAGUUAACUUUAACUAUGGCUAUGCUAUGUUACAAGUGGGUUGGUUGUUUGUUGGCUGCUCUCUCUCUCUCUCUCUCUCUCUCUUUCUUCUCUUUCGUUCAUUCAAAUACAAAUUACAAUUAUAUAAAACAAAAUCACAUACAACUUAUGCUUAAUGUCGAGCUCGGUCUGGAGUUGGAGUUGAGUUUAGUGAACUUAACAACUAAAGGUCUAUUUGUACAGUAAA